AUGCAGACCCUACAGCACUCUCAAGUUGGAUCUGCCAUAGAGUUCGAAGGUGACUCCGCGGUGGCGGAGGACUCAAGGCAUGGCUAUUUCAUGAGACAAGCUUUGCUGAUGGGCGAGAAGGCACUCCAGUCAGGUGAAACCCCCGUGGGCUGCGUUCUGGUGCACAAUGAUCAGAUUGUGGGGUUUGGCAUGAACGACACGAAUAGAUCCAUGAAUGGGACACGGCAUGCCGAGUUCAUAGCAAUUGCAGAGAUGCUCCAAUCCUACCCCAGAUCAGCAUUGCAACAUACGGAUCUCUAUGUGACGGUGGAACCCUGUGUGAUGUGUGCAUCUGCCUUGAAGCAAUACCGCAUACGCAGUGUGUACUUCGGUUGUGCUAAUGAUCGUUUUGGGGGGACCGGAGGCGUGCUGUCUUUGCAUUCCGACUCCUCAAUUGACCCGCCAUACCCUGUGUGCGGUGGUCUGUUCGAGAAAGAAGCAAUCAUGCUGCUCCGUCGUUUCUACAUCCAGGAAAACGAGAAAGCUCCUAACCCGAGACCGAAGAAGAAUCGAGAGUUGAAUACUAGAUUCGAGGAUGGCAGUGAAGAGGCGCUACCAACAUUGUAG